ACUGACAAUACUUGUAACUUAUCUGAAGCACAAGUCGAGUCAGAAUAGAGCUCUGUAAAAUUACAUAGCUUUAUCAUAAUUACUGACACGUUUGAGUUAGAAGAGAUGUACAUAUUUUAUACAUAAUAUUUAUUUUUUUCAGUGACUCUCCAACAUCUCUCUCGCUGCUUUUAACUUCCUCGAUGGGGUCUUGUGAAUGUGGCUGUGCACUUUUUCCCAGACAUAUGAGCCUUGUGGUAACGGUUGUAGGAUGGCAAGACACACCAGUUCAUUUCACUUGUCUGCUCAACCUCUGUUUGUGGACAGGUAGCAGCUCAGAUUGACGACGUUCUGGCCUCAUUUUCAUAUAAACCCUUUUGCUGGAGGCGACAGGAAGUGGGUUGUAAUAGGUUACCACUUGUUUUUGUUUUUUAGAUUGAAGGUACAUGCUGAGCGAGGACUUUUUCAUUUAAUAUUUAGCUGCACUUUUUGCAAAUAGUCUGUAAGCAAUGCCUGAAAAUCUGGCAAAACAGUUUUUGUUGAUUUUUUUUUUGUAAGGUUACUUCAAAGAUUCAAAAUAAUUGUAAUAAUAAUUAUUAUUAUUAUAAAAAAACACUGACUUUUUUCAUUCAUUAAACUAAAUCAAAAAUCAACUUAAUCUCUGAUAUCUGCUAGUAGGAUAAAUAAAUAUUACAGUGUUUUAUUCACGUUCCAAUCUUCUCUUGCAUGUCAUUUUGUAACAUGAGGAAGUAAGCAGGCAUUUACUAUAUCUCCUUUUUUCAGGCAUCAGUUUCAUUCCAACUACCAAAAUGUUUGCAGCACAGUUUUGUUUCAUUCAAAACCACAACCUCUGUCUACUUUGGUCUGCCAUGGUUUGACCUAAAUAAACUGCUGACUGUUCUCCUGCAAGAUGCAAAACUUGAUGUAACUGCUGUACAGCUGUUACUUGUAUUACCGAGUGGUGGUCCUCAACUGGUGGGUGGCAAUCCAAAAAUGUGUUGCAGGGUUGUUCAGAUAUGUUUGUGGACAGCAGCAAGAAAACCAUCGAAUUAACCAUUUAAUCAUUCAUAGGACACCAUAACGCUAUGUCUUUUGUUUGCUGACAUCAAAGACCAUGUUUCGAAUCAAAACAGCAUUUUUACGGAAAUGUACCUCUCACUUGGUAAAUUGGUUAAUACUGUUUAUGCUGUUUCAAAAUUGCCAAUUUUCAUAUAGUCACGUUAAAGGUACACUAUGUAACAUUUUUUGUUCAUAAUUAACAAAAUUUAAAUAAUGAGUCAAUACAUCAAUCCUUUUUUCCAAAACGUGGUUUUGUCUUACCAUGAUUCACUAUGGUAAACCUAUUAUUAGCACAGCCAGUGGCACAGCUCCUCAACAAACCGUCCAUACCGGCGUGAUGAAUACGAUGGAUUGAACUGGAAUAAAUACUUUGAAUGUUGCGAUCCUAUCAGGCUUAUGAUAGCUACCUGAAUCGUAACAAAGCACUGUUUGCCAGAGGAGAACUGGCCCCCCGACUAAGCCUUGUUUUCCCAAGGUUUUUUUCUCCAUUAUAACACCUAUUUGCCACCUGUUUGCCACCUGAUGUCACCUGUUGGAGUUUGGGUUCCUUGCCGCUGUCGCCUUUGGCUUGCUUAGUUGGGGACACUUGACAUUUGACAUUUGAUAUUCAACAGUGCUUUGCAUCUGCAUAUAUUGACAGCAUUUUGUUUAAGAGCUGCUGUGCAGCCAAAAUUAUAUACCAUUUAUCACUGUAAAGCUGCUUUGACACAAUCUGCAUUGUAAAAAGCGCUAUAUAAAUAAAGGUGACUUGACUUGACUAUUAUAAGUGUUUAUAUUUUAGACCUAGUGGGAUGGUUUUUUUGCGGGAAAUUGCGUACAUACGACACUCGCCCAUGCAUAUCAUAUCUGUAAAUAGAGAAUAGUUGCUCCGGUUACUUCGACGCGAGUAUGGUGUGGGAGUGGCAUAGGUUAGUUGCCACAACGAGCGAGAAAAGUUGACAUGGAGCACGCUAAAUCUUGAACCUUUGGUGAUUCACCUGUUAAAAGAAAAAAGCCGAACAGAGGAGAGUCUGCUGGCAAAAAGAGAACGCAACAGAGCUCGUAAUAAAACAAGAAUCAACAUUGACUUGGCUUUUCAGUGAUGGCUAGAACUGAGGGAUUUGAAAUAUUGUAAAAGCGAUGUGGAGAAGGUGUUUUAAUAACUCAACAUGUGAGUAAGCUAUUUUAUUGAACAGAUACAUUUCCAUUUGUAACUCUCUAACAGAGUUCAUUGUGAAGCAUUAUCUAUUGUGAAGGGUCAUUUCAUUAUGGGUUUUUGUAGUGCUGUGGUGGAAUUUAUUUUUAAGGAAGUACCAUGUCUAUUAAUGGGUAUAGUUACAGUAACAUCUUCAGCUAGUCAACUUGAGAUCCUUUACAUUUAAAUUGGUUAUAUCUCAUAAGCCUAGUAGUGAAUGUUUUAUGAGUAGUAGGAUAACAUAUUCAUCUGCACAGUCAUCCAGAGACGAAGCACAACCAAAUCAAUGUUCUUCCGCAAAAUGCAUGCAGUUUUGUUUUAACCGCUAGAGGGCCAAAGUUACAGUGUAUCUUUAAUCAUUUUGAAUUUUGUGGAGCCUAUCAUGUAGAUUACAUAUUUGACUGUAAGGACUUACUUUUUACACUAAAGAAUUUUGGUACCUCCUCUUCUACUUUAAGUGGAUACAAUUUUAAUUGUUUACUUGAAACAUCAGACAUUUCUGUGACAUUUUCUGUUUAUUAUUUUCAGUGCAGUUCAACUCCCAGCACAUGUAAUGCUCUCUUACAUGUCUCUUUCAGUCACAUGUAAGAGAUAUCCUGUUCUCCCACACUCUCUCUCGCUCUCUGUCUCUCUACCACUCUGUCUCUCUCUCUUCCUCUCUCCUCUGAAAGUACCACUGAGAGUUGAACUGUGAGCUGUCACUUGUCAGUAAAUGUGUGUGAGUAAUGAAGACAUGUCUCUUGAGUGAUUUAUGCCUGUACUGCUGGAAGAGAGAUGGCGGGUGUUUUAUGGAUGCUUUUUGUUGUUUUCUGUCCUUUGGUUCUGUCUGAGAGUGGAGAUGAUGAUUGGUCUGAGAAAGAAGUGACCUGCACAUCCACUUUGACCCUCAAACAGAGUAAACUCACCUGUUCGCUAAAUGAUGAUCCCAUUGAGGAGGUCAAAUUCGCAAUACUCUGCCAAACUAACAGUAAAAAGGUAACAUGUGAAAAUGCUACUUUAGGACCACAAGACUUUACUUUUGAGGGUUUGACGCUUAUUAAUACAUACAAGCUUACAGUGCACAUGGGAGAUGUAAAUAUUGAAAAAGAAAUUCACCUGCAAAAAAUUGUCAAAAUCCCAGCUCCUGAAAUAAAGCUUGCCACUUACAUGGAAGACACAGAAGAAGUUUUUAUAUGGUUUAAACACAGUCAUGAUUAUAUUUCAAACCCUGAGUUUCAAGUGGAAAUCUGGGGGAACAAUACUGCAAACAAGCCCAUCUGCACUACAGUUCAAUAUAGGAACUUCAGUAUCAGCAAGGACAGACUUGGUGGAGAUGGUGUUUACUAUACACGUGUUAAAGCAAAACCUCUAGAUUAUUUUGAAGGCAACUGGAGUGAGUGGAGUUCAACUACCAUUUUCACUAUAAAAACAAAGAGUACUGAAAGUCUAAAGGUCACUUCACUAUCAUCGCUUCACAUCACCAUCGGCUUCUCUGUCUUUCUGGUGCUCAUCAGUUUGGGGGCCUUGCUAUGGAGAACGCAUAUAAAAGGCUGCAUCACACCAAACAUCCCGCACCCAAAGGCAACUCUUGCACAAAUGCACAGGGCAAGAGAGGGUCUUCCUUUCACUUUCAGUCCUGAGAUAUUCAGCGAUGUUUUCAUACACCGCGUGGAUUACAUUGAUGAAAAACCUUCUGAUCCUGAGCUUGAGGACAGCCUGAAUGAAUGCUGCUAUAGUCAAACCAGUUCCUCAAAUGCGUCAGUGAGUGAAAUGGACAUGAAUGCAGAGGAACGGCUUCCAAGAGAGCAGUCCCACCUGAAAAUUAGAUUGUUAGAUGAAUCAGAUUUGUCAAAAGGAAGAGAAAAUAGUGGCUUUCAGGGUGUAACGGCCCCUCAACGAGAAUGUAAAGACGAAGCCUAUGUCACUAUGUCCAGCCUCUUUAAAACACAAUGAAGAGACCAGUUAAGACAAUUCCAGUUUACUGGUGAUUUUACAGACCCUCGGUAGAGGAUGUUAUUCUGCGUACAUGAUAUAAAAGUUUAACUAACAUUGUAUAUGAUGCAUUUAAUAACCCAAGAAACCUGUUAUGUAUGACAAGAUGCUUUUACAUGUCACUAGGCUUGUCCAGUUUGUAGCUCUGACGCUGUUUGUACGUCUUAGCACUCAUCCACAGGUUUCAUUUUCAACCAAGCAUCAUGCACUGCUGUCGUCUCCAUUUUGGUAGCCAAUUUCCUUCUGAAUGUUUCAGAAACACUUUAGACAGAAGCAUUAAGUGUGAAUUAUUUCUGAACUCAUCACACAUAUACUCAGACCUCAUGUAACUGCUGCUAGCCUCAGUGUCCUCUGCCAGACAUGUUUCCAUGGAUAUUUUCAUCCGUAUAUCUACCUGAGUAAAGCUGAGAGAUUUUAAUGCUGUUAACCUCACGCACAACUCUCAAAAGGAAUGCAUACAGUUCAAGCGGCACUUUUUCAAUGAUCAGAGGAUUAAUUUAUAAUGAUCAGAAGAAAUAUUUUCUGUGUAUAUAAAAAAGCAUCUGCUCGUAAUGCUAAUUUUGUAAUGCAUUUAUCAUUAUAUAUAUAUAUAUAUUAAACAGGUGUGUAAUAAAGGAAUAUAUAAAAAUA